UUACGGGAGUCCGCAGCCGGCGUAGGUUCAGUUGGCAGCAGUUCGCACAAGGAGAAACAUCACGAUGGCUGAUAUUUCAAACGAAGAGCUUCGCAAAGAAAUCACCGCUAUCCUUAAGGAUGCAGACCUCACUACUAUGUCUGCUAAGAAAGUGAGGCUACAGAUCGAAGGAAAAUUGGACAUAGAUCUUACUGAAAGGAAAAAAGAAGUAGACAGUUUAGUGAUGGAGUGUUUGCAAGAGAAGCAAGAUGGAGCAAAGAAGAAGAAGAAGACUGCUAGCGAGGAAUCUGAAGAUGGAGAGGAGGAGGAAGAAGAGGGAUCUGAGGAGGAAGAGGAGGAGGAAGAAAAGAAACCAGCUAAAAGAGGUCCUGCAAAGAAAGCGAUAAGUAAACGUAAGAAAGGAUCUUCCGAUGACGAAGAAAGCGCAAGCGACGAUGAUGCUAGCGAUGAAGAGUAUAGCCCAAAGAAACCAAAAGCUACCCCAAAGAAAAGUAAAACUGGGAAAAAAGGAAAGAAAAAGGGUAGCGAUAGCGACAGCGACGAAGAUUGGGGUAAAAAUAAGAAAGCUCAAGGUGGUGGAGGGAAAAAAGGUGGUGGUGGCGGUAAGGGUAAAGGUGGCUACACCCGAGCUAUUACAUUGUCUCCGGAACUUGCUGCUGUCGUUGGUGCCGAACAAAUGGCUCGACACGAAGUUGUAAAGAAAGUCUGGAGUAUCAUCAAAGAGAGAAAUCUUUAUGAUCCUAAGAAUAAACAGUUCGCAAUCUGCGAUGACGAAUUAAUGAAAGUAAUUGGAGUAAAACGUUUCAGAACUUUCGGUAUGAUGAAGUACCUUAAAAAUCAUUUUGUAGAUUAAAUCAUCUAUGAACCAUUGAUCUCUGACAGGUUAUAAACAUUGUAUAACAUAUUCCAAGGGUGCAAAAUGCAUCUCUCCAUCUUUCCACACGAUACAUACAUAAAUACAUAGACAUAAAAACACAAACGUAUUUCUUGCGACUUAAGAUGUUAGCCAUGUUUACACCAUUCCGAUGUACUCUGUUGUCCAUGGUAGCCGCUUUGUUCCGCCAAAUGUUCGCAAUGUAGUACUUUGAUUUAUGGGCAUUAUGAAAAAAAAGCGUGGUUCGUUAAUAUUGUAAAAGGCUGUCCGAAUCCGAGAUGACCCACAACUGGCAGUAAAUCAACGAUAGAUUUGUUCUAGACGUUGGUGCAAUACAGAAAGAAAGAGCUGAUACCAUGGACGGUCGGACGAGUUCGAGCGUGAAAAACAUUUAAAAUGACCGAUAGUCAAUAAGUUGGUUUUAAGUCGAUGUAUUCGGAAUUAAUGGUCUAUCGUUUGCCUGGUGAUUCUUCUAAAGAGCAGCAAGCUCCCCUCCUUUUACCGGGUAUGAAAAUACGGUGUGCCAUUGUGGCAGUAAAGUCGGAACAAGGUAAUAUCUUGAAACUAUUUUAAGUUUUUUUUUUUAUAUUAUUAUUUAAUUUUACUAUGUGACAUUAGCCUGGUUGCAUUCUACGAUCAGAAGAAAUCAAAUAGAAAUAAUUCCUUUUCUUUUAAAUUAUAAACUGCCGCUCAAGUAUCACACAAUAUUUUCAUCCUUUUAAUUUUUACUUUUUGAACAAUGGAUGUAAUAGAGAGACAAAAUUGAUUUUGUCAAUAAAAAGGAGAGAAAAUAUGAGGUAAAGUUAGUAAAAACAAAAGAAAAAAAGUAUAAAAAAGAAAUAAAAAGAAAAGUGCGAUAAAAAUAAAGAGACGGACGAUACGAAAAAAGAAUCAACAUCCUGUACCUCUUCUGUAUAAUAGUUACAUUAUACACUGAAAUUAUUACUAAGCGAAAUUUAAUUGUAUUAUCGUGUAAUUACUAAUUAUUGUCGUAAUAUAGGUUUCUUGGUGUAAAAAAAUUGACCUAACUUUUAAGAUUUAAAAGAAGCAAAGUGGACAAUGUAUUACAGCGAAGGUACGAUGAAUUGUAUGCAUAUUAAAAGAAAAAGUCACAGUAUGUGCAGCACUGCGCAAUGUUGAAGUGUAGAGAAUAAGUUAGGUUCAUGGUGCGAGGUAAGGACGUUAUUGCUGAUGCAGAUAUAUCCAUGCCUCGAUCUAUGGAACAAAUUUGUGUAUUUUGAAUAUAAAUUAAUACGAAUGCUGGCCUAAAUCAGUGGAAGCCACCAAGAAGAACAAGAAAAGAAAUUGCCAACGUUCCACGACGAGACGGAGGGAAACAUUUACAACGCGGAUAACGACAAAAAUUAAUGUGUACACGGAAUGAUGAAGUAAAGUAAUACCAGUUUGUUUUUUAAACAAGGGGAAAAGUGCGAAUUAUACCCCGAUAUUCCGUGAAUGUAUUUGAAAAUGUCAUUAAAAGAUAUUGCUUUCAUUUUUU